UAAACGGCAUAAAACCUCUCCGCCCCUGCGAGUGGGGGUUCCCCGACACCUGCUCCACUCGCGCGCUCCCUCUCACCACCUCUCCCUUCUCCCCCUCCCUUUCUAGGGUUUCUCCGAAGAAGACGAAGACGAAGAAGAAACGCUCCUCUCCUUCCUUGAGAGUGGAGGAGGUAUGACUUCUCAAGUUACGCCUUCGAAGCGGCCUUUCGAAAGGAACCCUUCAGAACCGUAUGGAAGGGGAAAGUGGCAAAAGACUACACCCGCUACAUCUCAGCAGGGUCAGUUCAAAGUACUACCAUGGGCUCCUAUGUUUCGAAUUCUUUGCCCUUCAUCAAAGACUGGAGGUUUGAUAGGCAAAGGCGGCAGUAUUGUAGCAAAAAUACGGCAAGAGACUGGUGCAAAGAUCAAACUGGAGGAAAAUAUACCUGGCUGUGAUGAGCGAGUUGUUAUUAUAACCAGUUAUGAGAAAGAGAAAGAGAAAGACAUGGAUGUUAGUCAUAAGCAGAGUAAGGAGAAUGAAAAGAAUGAACAGACUGCAGCAGACAACGAUAAGGAUAAUGAUAAUGAUGCUGAUGCUGCUGCUGCUGAUGAUGAUGAUAAUGAUAAUGAAAAGGAAAGUGUUGAGAAAAAUGAAGGCAAAGAGGAAUCAGCUGUCGAGGGUUCAAAGCCAGAAAAGGUAACACCAUCGGUAUUGAAGGCUCUUUUGCUUGUCUUUGAGAGGAUCGUUGAAAUGGAAGAAGAUAAAUCUGGUGGAGAUGAAGGAGAAAGUGAGAAGUCCAGUCAUCCUGUUUCUCUGAGAUUAUUAGUGUUAUCCGGCCAAGUAGGCCGCCUUUUAGGAAAAGGCGGAAGUGUAAUUAAGCAGAUGUCGGCUGAUACUGGGGCUCAUAUCAGAGUACUUCCCAAGGAUAAGCUUCCUCUAUGUGCCUCCUGGAAUGAUGAGAUAGUCCAGAUCACUGGAGGGAUGGACUCUGUGAGGAAAGCACUUCAUUUAGUUGGUCAGCAACUUUUGGACAACCCCCCUCGAGAGCGUGAUUCGUUUAUUCUGAAUCAACCUGGCUCGUUCUCCCACCCGUUGGGUCAAAGGCCAGAAGGCCCGCCAGCAAAUUAUCACCUCCCUUUUCAAGGACCGCCUUUUCCCAACAGGUCAUUUGAUGCUGUUGAUUACCGUUCAAAUGUUGCUCCACCAUUCCCCAAGUUCCAUGAAAGUGUUGUGUCGGGCCCACAUGAAGUUCCUCCAGAGAUAAUUGUUUAUAGGUUAUUAUGUUCCAAUGUUAAGGUUGGCGGUGUAAUUGGCAAGGGUGGCAGUGUUAUUAAGAAUCUUCAACAUGAAACGGGUUGUGAAAUAAAAGUUCUUGAGACAACUCCAGAGUCGGAGGAUCGCAUUAUUGUAAUAUCUGGGCCUGUGCACCCGAGUGAUAGGAUCUCUCCACCACAGAAUGCAGUUCUUCUUGUACAACGCAGACUUCUGAUGGCUGUGCAUGAUAAAAAAGAGAGCAAUGUGACAACUAGGGUUCUGGUUGCAUCCCAUCAAACUGGCUGUCUCCUUGGUAAAGGAGGUUCUGUAAUAGCUGAAAUGAGGAAACUUUCAGGGGCUCACAUUCGAAUUUUGGGUAAAGAUCAAAUACCAAUAGGCGUGCAGGAUAAUGAUGAAGUGGUUCAGGUUAACGGUGAAUUUGAGGUUGUUCAAGAAGCUCUUGUGCAGAUCACGACUAGGCUUAGGCAUCAUUUGUUUCGUGAAAAAUUUCGUGCUUCGAAUCCUAAUAAUUUUGGCGAGCAAGUGCCUCCUUUCGGUCCAUUCAUGGGAAGACGGGAAUUUUCACCCCCUAGGUACCCCAAUAUGCCCCCUUUUCAGAAGGAUCCUUUUGGCCGUCCUUUUGAUGAGAGGCCUAUAUUUGGCAAUAUGAUACACAGCCCAGGCGUUCCUCAUGGUGUUGAAAGGUCAGGACCUUGGCCGCCACAGGGUAUGAGGGAAGGUGGUCCCAUGCCUCCACCUGACUACCCAGGAGGACCUCAAAGAAGAAUGGGUGGAUUUAGUGGUGCCAAUCAGCCGCCUGUAAUUACCAAUACAACUGUGGAUGUUGUUGUUCCCCGAUCUCUUGUACCUUCCUUAUAUGGGGAGGAUGGAGGAUGUUUGCGACGGAUUCGUGAGAUCUCAGAAGCUAAAAUUUCUAUAACUGAACCUAGACCUGAAGCUACAGAGACUGUGAUCAUAAUAUCUGGAACUCCUGAGCAGACGCAUGCUGCCCAGAGUCUUAUUCAGGCCUUUGUUCUGAGUGAAUCGGGUUCUACUUGAUUUGCCGACUCUCUUUUGGAAGGUGAUAUCCUCCCCUUUAUGAUCGAUCCAUUAUGUUUUGAUCUGUAAUUUUCAUUGUUCCGUACUAAUUAAAUUUCUCAGCUGAAGAUCAAGAUGUUUGAAGAAAGCCAGAAUAUAGUUUUGCAGAUUAGAUUUACAACUUUAAGUGGAACAACUGUAGGCUCUUUUUAAGUUUGCCAGUGACAAGAUCGUUUCUGAAAGGCAUUACAUAGUAUCGGAAAUGAUAAAUUUCACCAUGGUAGCGUCGGUGUCAGUGCCAGUGCAUGAGAACUGAAAUGUGUUUAAAACCUUUUGUACAAGCAAAGAUGUUAAAAUUAAGUUAAUAUAAUUUUUUCUAGAAAAGAGGGUAUGCAUGCCCUUCUUGGUUUCAUGUCUGACCCGGUUAUGUGCCAGCAUAACUGUCUUAAGUUAAGUGCGAGUCUUAUUGUAAACUGAUUAUUGGUAGGCGACUUUCUUGUUUUGUAAAUCUUUUGCUCUAUUAACAAUUUUAGAACUGUUUGCAUAUGA